GAAAAUCUUUUAUUCUGAAGGGAUCGGACAGAGGAAGCAUUGCUAGUAGAACACGCACAACAAGAUCGUAGUGAGGUGGACGAACUGACAGAGAUGGCAGAUUUGUCGUUGUAUUUAACUAGUGUCAACGUUUCCCUGGCACAAACUAUGGAAACUGAAAAGAGUCCAGGAGGGGCGACAGACUUUGAGAGUGUGGAGAUGAGAGAGACUGCGGUGAGUCAGGGGAGAGUGAAGGUUCCCCGAAGGACCAUCUACUUUGCCAGCGGGGAGACCAUGGAGGAGUACAGCACCGAUGAAGAGGAGGAAGAGGAGGAUCCCGUGAAGAAAGAUGUCAUCACUGUAGAUCCGGCAAAAUUGACCUGGGGUCCGUAUUUCUGGUUCCACAUGUGGAGAAUGGCCACCUCCACCAUCUCGGUUUGUGACUACAUGGGAGAGAGACUGGCCUCUCUUUUUGGCAUCACUACUCCUAAGUACCAGUAUGCUAUCGAUGAGUACUACCGUAUUAAGAAAGAGGAGGAGGAGGAAGAAGAGGAGAACCAACUGGCUGAGGACGCGGAGCGUCGGUUUGCAAUGCAGCGGAGAGGCGAGCAGGAUGCUCCUCAUCCUACCACUGUGGAGCAGCCGGAGGCGUCCGGAGCUUCCUUUGUUAACAUUAGCUUUGAGCUCGAACCUGAGCCUCCUCUCGGUGCUCCAGACACCAACAGAGUCCCUUCCCCUCUCCCCUCCUGAAAACCUACGCUCACUGACAAACCUCUAACAUUCACACAUUUCUGCCAGGCAAAACCUUAAUUUACUUAGCUGUAUAGAUGAAUAAUAUUAUUUUUCUAUGUUAUUUUAUAAAACGAGAUCUUAAUACACAGUGCAGGGAUAAAUUAAAGGGCUGUGGGAAUGCACUCGCCUUACCUGUGAAUGUAAAUUUAUGUACAGCUUUAAGAAGUAGAAGACUGAGACAUGGAAUUUAACUAUUUGUAGACCAAACUGCGCUCAACACACUUUAAAUUGACAUCAAUUGAUAGAGUGAAAUAGAUGCUGGAAUGUAAUCUUAGUGAGAAAUGGAAAUCAAUUUCAGUUUUUUCAUCUAGACGUGGCAUGGGAAUUCAUUUACAGUGUGUAAAAGAGCUGGACAGUUUUUGACUUCCAAGCUAAACAAGUCACCAGGUAUUGAUGACAUCAGUAGCCAGCGCUGCGGUACUGUUAGUUUACACUGGGCAUAUAUUUUACUCUUCAUUUCUGCCUGUUGUUGCUAUAUUGUUAUAUCUGGAAUAAAGAAAAACAAAAGAAUAGCCUACAAGUUAAAUAAGUUAGGAAGAGGAAUGAGUGGCAUUGACUUGACUUAUGUACUUACACAUAGUAUGCAUACUUCAGAUUAAAAAUAAAAAGACAACAUACUAAAAAAUGAGGCCUAUAAAACAUCUGCUUAGACAAUGCCAAGACUUAACAGAAAACAUACCAGUUUCGAGUUUCAUCAGAACAGUCAUUUAUAGGUCAACAUGAUGUCCAAACAGCCUUUCCCAGUGUGCAUCAGUUGGCGUAGGCAUGUUGUUAUAACACUAACCUCAAAGAAUUUUCUACCUGCUUUCUUUACUUUCUAUUUUACAAUUUACAAUGUAAACGAGUCUCUGUGAUGGUACUUGAAACAGUUUAAAAACAGAAACAACUUGCAUAAAGUACCAAUUGUUUUGCUAAAACGAACCAGGCUAUGCAGCUAAUGUAGGUUCACUAGUAAAAAAUAAAUGUAUUCCAAAUCUUUGAAAA